AUGAUGGCUCCCUCAGUACCUGUGGAUCAGACCAGUCAGGCUGUGCCGACCAAGUCGAGCGACCGCACACUUCUGCGUGUCUCGCAUCCCAACCCAUCAUUACAGGUCACGGCAGAUCAUAACCUCAAAUCGGCCGAGGCACCGGUUUACAGUCCUCGCGCAGGUGAAGCCUUGGUGCACAUAAAGGCCACUGGAAUUUGUGGGUCAGAUAUUCACUUCUGGAAGACGGGGCGCAUUGGGUCGCUGGUCUUUGAAGGCGAUUGCAUUAUCGGUCAUGAGGCAUCCGGUAUUGUGCUGCAGUGUGGAGAGGGUGUCACCCAUCUGAAGCCAGGCGAUCGAGUGGCCGUGGAACCCGGUGUGCCCUGCGAGCAUUGUUUCCUAUGCGACGACGGUCGAUACAACCUAUGUGAGGAUGUCCAGUUUGCUGGUGUCUAUCCUUACGAAGGCACCAUUCAGCGAUACAAGAAUCACCCCGCGAAAUGGCUACACAAGCUCCCUGAGAAUGUCAGUUUUGCCGAGGGCGCACUUCUCGAGCCACUCUCGGUGGUGAUGCACGGUGUCAAAUCGGCCGGUCUCUCUUUGGGCCGGGGGGUGGUAGUCUGUGGUGCCGGUCCAAUUGGACUGAUUGCGUUGGCCGCAGCCCGUGCCUCCGGUGCCAAUCCAAUUGUGAUCACCGACUUGGAACCUGCUCGUUUGGCCUUUGCCAAGGAGUUUGUCCCGUCGUGUAUGACUUACCAGGUUGAUCGUACCAAGGAUGCGCAAGGAAACGCAGAGGCGAUUCGAGCUCUCUUCGGAUCUCACGAAUACGUCGCACCGGAAACAGUGCUCGAGUGUACGGGCGUGGAAAGUAGUGUGUGCACUGCUGCAUACACUGCUCGACGGGGAGGUACUGUGAUGGUGAUUGGCGUUGGAAAAGCGAUCAUGAACAACCUUCCGUUCAUGCAUCUCUCACUUGCCGAGAUUGAUCUCCGAUUCAUCAAUCGCUACCGUGACACCUGGCCCCCAGCAAUUUCCUGUUUGAGUGGUGGAAUCCUGGAUCUGCGUAAACUGGUUUCGCAUGUGUUCCCUCUGGAAAAGGCUGAAGAGGCACUUCACCUUUGCGCGGAUACCCGGAAUGGAAGUAUCAAGGUUCUUGUUGUAGAUGAGCAAGAUGCCUCUUUAUAA